GAGCCACUUCGUCCACCUUCGAGGUUAGGCAACAAUGGUGACGCAGAGUAUUAGCCUGACCUACCUAGCAUGCACCAUUGAUUCAUUUGAUUGGAUCGGCUCACGUUCACCAAAUUACGUUUCCCCCUUCCCCUUCUGCACGUCAUGGCUUGACCUCAACGUCACGUAGCACCCCAACCUCCCCACCCCAUCAUCACGUCAAAUCCGAUCCUACCAUCUUCCAUUCCCCGCCAUUGGAUUCCACCUCUCGCUCCCCAAAUCCUUCCGGCGGCUCCCAACUCAUUCGAGAGAGAGCGGUGGCCAACCGCAGGUCUCGUUCUGUUUCUGGAGUCGUUAUUUCUUCCUCUAACAGCAAGGAGAAAGAAAGCAGAUUCGGAAACUAUUUUCUUCCUUCAAUCCUUGCGAGCGUUGAGAAGACGAGAGAGAAGGGAAUGGAAGAGAGAGAUUGCUUCUGCUGCUGCUGAUACUGUAUUCGAAGUCAGUAAACGAAGCAUGGCGGAAGGGGCGGCGGAGGAGGGAGUGUUAUGCGCGAAGGUGAUGACGGACGAGCAGAUGGAGGUCUUGAGGAGUCAGAUCUCCGCCUACGCUACCAUCUGUGAGCAGCUCGUGGAGAUGCAUAGGACCAUGACGGCCCAGCAGGACUCGCUCUCAGGAACGAGGUCGAGUCAUCUGUUCGCUGAUCAACCAUCUGGAGGUGCCAAGAUCUCUGCAAAGCAGCGUUGGACACCAACCGCUGUGCAGGUACGGAUUCUUGAGAGCAUAUUCUACCAUGGCAAUGGAACUCCAAGGAAGCAAAGGAUCAAAGAGAUCACUUCUGAGCUCUCACAACAUGGCCAAGUUUCCGAGACCAACGUCUAUAACUGGUUUCAGAACAGAAGGGCACGUUCGAAAAGGAAGCAGGCAUUUGCAGCACCGAGUAAUACUGAAUCUGAAGCCGAGGAGGAAUCCCCGAGCGAGAAGAAGCCAAGAAAGAAGAUGCAUUUACAUGACAGUCGAAAGUUUUCCGGUGGUUCUGAUGAAAUGUCCGUCUGUGCAUCGACUGAUAUCGGUCGAGAUUGCUUGUUUGUGAUCUAAAUGAUGUUCUGAUAUGAGUACGAGUCUCUGACAAAUCUUAUGAGCUGAGCCAUUAUUUUUUAUGCUGCUAACAUUGUUAGGUUAUUAAUCUGUGCUCAGUAUUAUCUCCACAGUGAUAUGAGACAGUCUACUUCAAAAGAUCUGAUCAAA